AUGUUAUCCCGACUAGCCGUACUCAUGUCGGCUCUAGCUUUACUCUCUUCAGCUCAGGCUGCCCAAACCUUCGUCGGAUGUGUGUUACAAGCGACCGUGGCGUUAACGGCCGACUAUGCCACACGAACAAGUUCUCAGAGCGCUUGUAAUACUCGAUGUUUGGCUCAACAAGCUACAAACCCAUCGAUACAGUACUCGUACUUUGUGGCGGGAACCGUCCUGGGGAACAACUGUUAUUGCGAUGCUACAGGAUCAUACGUCGCCGCUAGUGCUUAUAUAUUACCGAGUGGAGACACAACUACCGAUUGCUCUGCUUUGGGUUUAGGUCUGAAUCUGGGCCUGUUAGCGACAGCGACUGAUUUGUCUACUACGUUCGCGUUUCAAGGAUGCACCAAUACUUUAACAGGAGUGGUCAUCAACUUGGCUCAAGGGACGAUCUUGGGCGGUGCGAUAGUCCAAGACCCACAAGCAUGUUUUGCCAGAUGUGCAGGAAACCUCAACGCCUAUUUCAUUCCUAUCGUUCCAUCCGUCACUGCCAUUGCCCCAACCUACGGAUGCGUAUGUGACCCCAGUGGUCCAGGUGCUCUGGGCGCUUGUGGUCUUCUAACAUUCUUUAAAUAUACACACUCGGCUUCGGCAAGUCAACAAGCCCAAGCAAGGAAGAGGGAGCAACUAGCCUUGAACGGUAAAGCCGAAUCAGAAAGGAGGAAAUCUUUCUGUCCAGGUAAAAUGACUUCUUGUUUGAUCCCUGGUGUGGAAGAUUCUUGGGAAUGUGUAGAUCCCCAGUCUGAUCUUGAAUCUUGUGGUGGAUGUACACAUGGUGAAUAUACUUCCGAUGGAUCCAUCAAUUCAACUGCCACAGGUACAGACUGUACCAACAUGCCUGGUGUACUUAUGGGUGGAUCGACAUGUACAGAUGGUAAAUGUAUCGCUUUCGCCUGUAAGAGGAAAUGGACCCUUCAGAAUGGAAAGUGUAUAAGGGGAUUGAGUAAAUAA